AUGGCAAGACCAAAUGCAAUCUCCGGAAGGGCAGUCUCCGAGUUUACUCCCAUUACACCAGACAAAGCCAAGAGAGGGAAUAGCAACCAGGUUUCUCAAUUACAAAACUCACCUACAGAUGACAGAACAAACCCAGAAAGAGAUGCACAGAAUAAUGAAGUUGCUGCUGAAAGAGAACCCAACAGUAUCUGGUGCAAUAAAGAACUCUUCCAGCAUCAUACAGAUACAUCAGUUGCAGCAGCUUCCACACAGUUACAGGAGAAUCACAACCCUGACAAGCAAGAAAGUCAUGGUAUUGACCUGAACAAAACACCCCAGCUUAAACCGAGGAGGAAAAAGCACAGGCCAAAGGUGGCCAAAGAAGACAAACUUAAAACUCCAAAAUCAGCAAUCAGAAAGCCUGCUGGUUCUGGUAAGCGGAAGUAUGAGCGAAAGAAGGGAACGAACAAAGAUCCAACAUGCUCCCCAUCACAGGCAGCUGGAGAAUUUAUUGAUCCAAAGACACUAGAGCCUUCCAAGGAAUCAUGCAGAAAGACCUUAAACUUUGACAAUGAAGGGCAAACUAGAGAGGAAAACUCUACUUGCAAGUCCUCUGAUUUAGUUUCAGAAUCGGGGACAAAGGACAUCCUUGAAAGAGGAAUUCAAUCAAAAUCAUCCUUACAGCUCGAUGAAGGCUCUGAAGUGACAACUCUAAAGCCAGUGACACCAAAGCCUGCUGGGUCUAAAACAAAUCCAAAAGUUAAGAGGAAGUAUGUGCGGAGAAAGGGACUUAACAAAGACUCAACAUCUUCUCCAGAUGAAGCAGUAGCGGGAAACUACAUUGAUCCAAAACCACCUGAACCUACCAAUGAAUCAUGUAGAAUUUCUGAUGCAGGACAGUCUAGAGAUGAACACUCCAAGUCAAUUUGUUUCGGUUCAGUUUCAGAGUCACUGGGAAAUGAAUUCGGUAAAUCAGAAUUGAUCGUGGACCUCAGCAAAUGGAUUGAAGUGAUGACUCCAACGCCAGCUGAUUCUAAAAAAAAGCCAAGAGUUAAGAGGAAGUAUGUGAGAAAGCAGGGACUCAGCAAAGACUCAACUGUUUCCCCAACAGAAGUACCACUAGAAAACAAGGAUCUAAGAGUACUUGAGCCUACCAAGAAGUCAUGUAGAAGGACCUUAAAAUUUGACAUAGAAGGGCAACAUAGAGAUGAAAAGUCUACAUGCAGGUCCGGUUUUGAUUUAGAUGGAGCAUCACAGGCAAGUGACUUCUAUAGAAGAGGAAUUCAGUCAGAAUCAACUGUACAACUCAAUGAAGGAAUUGAAUUGGCCAUAGAAAAUACACAAGUCGGCAUUGCCUAUGAUCUCAGCCGUUCAGUGAAUCAAAAUCUAAAAGAUUACACGUCAUUGCCUGAAGGACAGUUUCAGAAAGGAUGA